AUAUCAUGUAUAGUACUGUUUUUAUAUAUAUAUAUAUAUAGGCUAGGGUAGGGAAAAUUAAUAUGGAAACAUAAUACCAAAGAAGAAAAGUAAAAGUAAAGAAGGAUAUUAAUUAAAAUAGGAAAAAUAUAUAUUAUAUAAAAAUAUUAAUAAAUACAUAGAAUUGCUUACGUGGAUUUUUUGGAGCUCGGGGAAGGUGAUAUGUAUUAAUGCAUGCAAAUGCAAAGCCUAAGAAUUUAACUGUACUGAAAUGAAAUAUAUAGAGAUGAAUUAUGAGAGAUUUUUUGUUUCUUUGUGGGGAUGUUUUUCCUUCUGGAGCCCAUAGCUGCUGCCUUGUGGGAUCAUCAAGUUUCAAUCUUACUGAUUGGUUCUCUCUCUCCCCGUCGCCUUCCUUUUGAACACAAGUUUUUUUUCUUUCUUUCUUCUUCUUCUUUUUAUUUUUUUUAUUUUUUUCCUUUUAACAAGACUCAACUAGUCCUCUCUUUCUCACGCUCUUAUUUAGUAUCAUAGCUAAGCUAGAGCUUGUUGAUCACCACAAAGAAAGUAUAUCUUGUUGAGGGUUUUUGUUGUUUGGAAGAAACAAAGAAACCAGUUUAGCUAAGAGUAUAUUGUAUAUUGAGAAAAGGCUGAUAUAUAUAUAGCUAGCUAUAGCUUAGCUAUAUAGUAUAACCAAAUUUCAAAAGAAAGAAACAGCCUUUUUAUUCCCCAGUUGGCCUCUCAUGUGUUUUCUCCUUCUUGUGUUCUCUCAAUAUCCCUAUAAUUAUUAAUUAGUUCAAUUAGCUAGGUAGAUCGAUCGAUCGCUGAUUUCUCUUCGUCUUCAAUAUAUAUACAUAAUUGGAUCCUUGUUCAAAUAUAUACAUAUAUAUCUCAAAUCAUAUGCACCAUCAAUACUGAUCAUCAUCCAUAUCGAUCCAUAUACCUUUGAUUAUAUAUAUAUAUAUUAUAUAUACAUAUGUUAUGUUAGGGGUCAAUAAUAUUUGUUCGUCUUCGGAGCCCUUUUCUUGCUUAAUGGAGAAUAAUAUCAAUAGCAAUAUCAUUGGCAGCAGCAACAACAAUAAUAAGAGGAAGAGAAGACCCGCAGGAACUCCAGAUCCGGAUGCGGAAGUAGUGUCACUGUCGCCGAAGACGCUACUGGAAUCAGACCGGUAUGUGUGUGAGAUCUGCAAUCAAGGGUUCCAGAGAGACCAGAACCUGCAGAUGCACAGGCGUAGGCACAAGGUGCCAUGGAAGCUGCUGAAGAGGGAAACCCCAGCGGGAGUGGUGAGGAAGAGGGUGUUCGUGUGUCCUGAACCGACUUGUCUCCACCACGACCCCUGCCAUGCCCUGGGCGACCUCGUUGGUAUAAAGAAACACUUUCGGAGAAAGCACAGCAACCACAAGCAGUGGGUCUGUCAGCGUUGCUCGAAGGCUUACGCUGUUCACUCUGAUUUCAAGGCCCAUCUCAAGACCUGCGGCACCCGCGGCCACUCUUGCGACUGCGGCCGAGUUUUCUCCAGAGUGGAGAGCUUCAUCGAACACCAAGAUGCAUGCACCAUGGGGCGUCUGAGGUCAGAAUCACAUACUUUGCAACCAGCAGCAUGCUUGUCCCGUACAGCUUCAAGUCCCAGUCCUUCAAGCACCGACACCAAUUUGGCUGUGCCCAUCAAUACUACUACUACUUCUAGUAUUAACAAUAUUAAUCCUUCAGAAACAACGACAACUACUACUACUGCUCCUGCCCUAGUAAUCCUCACAAGUAGUAGUACCCGUUCUCCUACUCAAAAUCCAAUACUAUCCAAAACCACCAGCACUCCUAAUCAACGCUUCCACAACUUAGACCUUCAGCUCUCCACCACAACCGUUUCAAAUCCUGAAAACCACCCAAUACUAUUAUCCCCUAAUAAUAAGACAGACCCCAACAGUACCCAUGAUCGAGAAAUUAAUCAUCAGUACUCUACUCAGUUGCAACUCUCAAUAGGUUCAUCAGAUUUUGGUGGGGAAAAGAACCAUAAUAGUAACAAUAAUAAUGUUGAAUCGAAUGCUAAUAAUAAUAAUAAUCACAAAAGCUCCCCAAGAGAGAGCAUGAUGAGUAGUACUACUACUACUAAUACUACUGUGGAGAAGACGAGGUUGAUGAAAGAAGAAGCGAGAGAGCAGCUGAGAGUGGCGAUGGCGGAGAAAUGCUAUGCCGAGGAGGCUAGGCAGCAAGCGAAACGGCAGAUUGAGUUGGCUGAGAAAGAAUUUGCUAAUGCAAAGAGGAUUAGACAACAGGCGCAAUCGGAAUUGGAUAAGGCACAAGCUCUUAAGGAACACGCCAUGAAGCAACUCAACUCUACUCUUCUCCAACUCACUUGCCAUGCUUGUAAGCACCACUUUCAUAAUAAUAGUAAUACUAAUAAUAAUAGUAAUGCAAGAACUACUCUCUCUUACAUCAUAGCCAGUACUACCUCCUCGGAUUGUGCUCAAACGCUUGACAAUAACGAUCGUAAUACUACUCAUCUUUUUGCAAGAUCAGAUAAUCAUCGUCUUGGAAAAUCGGCCACUAUUAAUAACCCAUCGUAGGUUUUUCAUUUUUUUGCCCUUUUAGCUCUACGAUUAUAUAUCAUAUGUUGAUGACCUUUUUUUCUUUUCUUUUUUAAUCUUUUUUGGUUAUUUAAUUUCUAUAUUUUUACAGUAAUCAUCAUGAAAUGUGGGUAUAAUUUGUAGUAGUUGAUCGAUCGAGUGUACGUACUGUACUUCUCUUGUAUCCAUCUCUAGCAAGUGCUUCAUAUAUAUAUAUGUAUAUCAACUCUAUGAUAUUGUUUAAUUAA